AUGCGUUGUGACAGAUUUCCGGCAGCAGCUCGGGAGCGUCCUAGUGCGACUACUACUGCUACUACUAUUACGACGGAGAGCAAACCUGAUGUUCAUUUUCGGCGCCCACCGGGUAAUCGUUCACAAAUUUAUCAGCUUUGUGAUAUUGAGGAUUCCGCCAUUCAAGGAGUAGUGGAAAAUGAGGUACGUAGUGAAGCUAUAAGAAGAUUGGAAACUCCGGUGGCGAUGGCAAUUGAUGCUGAGGGCCAAUUUGAUAAUAUGUAA